AUGUCCACCACCACACCAGAAAAUACGGCAAACGAACCUGGCGACACCACGAACGACAUCGUAUCAUUCUUUGCGGACAUACUUACACCUGGAUCGUCACUACGACCCCAGUUCCUGCUCGCACUGGAUGUAGUGCUCGGCUUUCUGCUCUUCAUCUUCUUAUCCCUGUUGUGCCUUACUUGGAGCCUGCAUUUCCUCGCACUGAUGGCGAUCGAUAUUGGGUUAUGGGCAAGCGUCAAGUUUUUCGUUGCUGAGUUAGCGAGGACGGAGGAACCGGCAUCAUCACCACAUGUAGAAGCAGAAGGCGGAGAGAGCAAGAAAGAUCAAUAG